AUGGGAAAGCAGCUAAGCACGUAUAUGUCGAACAUCUGGAGGGUUGGGAUCAUCGCGGGUCCCAUGAAUGUCUAUAUCACCGACGAAACGGGCCGUGUCCAGAAUGGCGAUGGGCGUUUAGGCAUCGAGUCGAAGACUAGUGAUGCUGACAUUCGCAUCCUUGGCCAGAACUCCGUUGCUCGGAUCCUAGAGGGUAGUUCCGUUCCUCUCAUCGUACUGCCAGUUUGGGUAGACACAAAAAUCCGUGAUGGAUCCGUGAUAGACCUCAACACUGUUGCAGAGAAGACGGAUCAUUUCCGCAUAUUGAACUUGGCUUGGGAGAACUACGAUGAUGUCCACAAGAGAUUUCCGCCAUUCUCUGGGCUACCUAAUGGUGAAAACCAAUUUCCUCUGGGAAAGAAACCCACCCUCCAGGAGACGAAGGACCAGGCCAAGCGGAUUGAGAUUGUGUUUCCCGACAAUCUGCCCCAGGAUAAAGCAUUUUGCGAGCCAAUGUCGAUAAGUACAGUCUAUCCGCUGAUCCACCUCAAGGGGAGGCUUCAGAAUUUCGACCAUCACCUAUUCGGUGAAGGCGUGCAACCGACGCUUAUCCCAUCAGAGCUUUCGCAUGCCUUGCACUUCUCCCGCCUGGACCUCGUAGCUCGCGGCAGCAUAGAAACGCACUAUGUCAGUUUCCUCCUCCCGGAUUUGGCUGCCGGUCGGGAUGGGAGUCAUUAUAUGGGCAAGCGUACAUCAAGCAUGGUCGCCUACAUUGAGGCUAUGGAUCACUUCUCCUCGCGCUUCUCCGUUUUCCUCAGCCAGUCGGGGCUCGGAGUAAAUCUCGAAACGGAAUUUGUCAAUAAAGAACUCAGUGAUACAGGAGAAUACUGGCUGAAGCCGAUGCGUCAGGCUGGCAGAGUGACAGCCAGCGAAGUGAAAGCCCAAUUCAGCGGAGAUGAUGAUGAAGGGGCGGUUUACGGGGCAAUCUUCCUCGACUUCGCCAGGCGUACGACCUUGGCGACUGCAGUUGAUGCUUAUCAUAGAAGCCAGGCUCUUAGCUUCGGGCAGUAUAAGAGCUGGAUUCAUAGCCACAUGUCCCAACAUACUAAUGACAUAGAUGCUGUCGCCAGGACCUGGCAGCUAUAA